AUGGAUCCCAAUAGUAUUAAUACUCAAGAUGUGGAGUUACGCGAACAAGAUCGGUGGUUACCAAUAGCCAAUGUUGCUAGACUAAUGAAAAAUACUUUACCAACCACAGCCAAGGUUUCUAAGGAUGCUAAAGAAUGUAUGCAAGAAUGUGUAUCUGAAUUUAUAUCGUUUAUAACUAGUGAAGCUAGUGAUAAAUGCUUAAGAGAAAAACGUAAAACUAUAAAUGGUGAAGAUAUAUUAUACUCCAUGCAUGAUUUAGGGUUUGAAAACUAUGCUGAAGUUUUAAAGAUAUAUUUAGCAAAAUAUAGAGAACAACAAGCUAUUAGACAAGAACGUGGAGAAACAAGAGCUUCAAAGAGACAAGCCAAACAAGCAGCAGCUGCAGCUGCUGCUUCAGGAGAUUCACCAGAAGAAUCCUUAAAGCUGAAUGAAAUAAUAGACAGUAACUCAUACCUGAAUGCUGCUUCUAAUACAGAUACUCCUUUGACAGGAGAACAUCCCGAGGAAAUUGGCGAAGAAUCACAAUAUAUGGAAGAACAAUUAGAUCCUGAAUCCCAAGAUGGAUUUAUUAAUGAAGAACACAUUAUCCAUGGCGUUGUUGCACCAGAAGAACAAAGUAAUAUCGAAGCUGAAACAACUGAAGCCACAGCAAACGGAGAUCUGCCAGCAUUAUUUUCCCAAUUUGAAGGAACAGAUGUAAAGGUUAAACAAGAAUCUGAAGACUUACACCACAAUGGGAAUGAAUCAAAUAAUAUACCUGGUUCAAAAGAAGAUAUCGAAGACUACAGAUAUGAUGAUUUUAUUACUGAUGAGCCCAAUGAUGAUUUACACCUCCAUACCGGUUCUAAAGGUCAUCCUAAUAUCGAUGAAUUGACGAAACAGCUUACACAUGAUGAACCAGACAUUGAUACUAUUGCGGCGGGAAUAGCGAACGGAGGAUCAGAUAGUUAUUUCUGA